AGAAACGGUCACCUUGUGAUGAUGUGUGCAGUGUGCAGUGUGUGUGUGUGUGUACACACCCCGCCUCUUCCCAGCUGAUGCUAGCGCUGUGUCAGUUUCUAUUCUGAGAGGAAGAGAGUUGAGGAAGGGGGAAAGAAGACAAGAGGGUCCGCGGGGCAGUCGGUAAACCCAUGGGUGGUUGUGUGGGCAGUCAUCAUGAUUCUUCGGGCAGUUUAAACGAAAAUUCAGACGGAACCGGAGUGGCUCUGGGGCGGAACCAGCCCCUGAAGCGGGACAAGCCCAAAUGGAAGAGCGACUACCCCAUGACGGACGGGCAGCUGCGGAGCAAGCGCGAUGAAUUCUGGGACACGGCGCCGGCCUUCGAGGGCCGCAAGGAGAUCUGGGACGCGCUCAAGGCCGCCGCCCACGCCUUCGAGAGCGGCGACCACGAGCUGGCGCAGGCCAUCAUCGACGGGGCGAGCAUCACGCUGCCGCACGGUGCCCUGACGGAGUGCUACGACGAGCUGGGCAACAGGUAUCAGGUGCCCAUCUACUGCCUGGCCCCGCCCGUCAACACGAUCGAGGAGAAGAGUGAGCUGAGCGAGCUGGACGCGCGGGACGUCCCGGAGCCCCCCCCGCCGGACUCGGGCCAGGAGUGCCUGCUCCGCCUGCGCCUCUCCAGCGGGCGCGACCUGCGGCUGCCCGUGCGCUCCACCGACUCCGUGCUGCACAUGAAGCUCCGCCUCCAGGCCCAGGAGGGCGUGGCCGCCGCCGCCCAGCGCUGGUUCUUCUCCGGGCGGCCGCUCACCGACCGGAUGAGCCUGGAGGAGCUGCACAUCUCCUGGGACUACGUGGUGCAGGUGAUCGUCAGCCAGCCCCCGCCCCCGCCCCCGCCCCCGCAGAACCCCACGCCCGUGGAGAACUAGCGCCCCCUACAGGCUGGGGCGGGGCAAGACUGCGGGACCCCGGGGCUCAGGGUUUUGACUUUAUUACUGAUACUCCUGUUUUCAGCCUUUUUUGGAAUUUUGCUUCGUUUUAUUUUUUUGAACCUUUCUUCUCCUCCUCACUCACACCCCUCCUUUCUCUUUGUUCUAAACCGUGGGUGCAUACGUGCCCCCCUCAGGACACCAGAAAUCAGGAGGGGGUGUGGGCGUGGGGGGAGGGGUAUGCUUGGAGGGGGCCCACACCUGUUUUUUUACCUGCUUUCAGGAAGCCCAUCUUUGUGUUUUAUUUGUUGCUGUUGUGUUUUUGAGGAGAAGUGAACAACCAAAAAAGUCUUUAAAAAGUUAACAGUAAAAGAGAGCGGGGAUAAGUGGGCAUCAUGUGACUAUUAAAAAAGACUUUUAAAAAAUCUUUGACAAGUUUUCACUACUCAGAUCAGCUACUCCUCUGAAAGGGAAGACUGUUCACGCGAGCUGAUCCUUCGUUAUCUCAUUUCUUCUGGAGCCAGUGUUCCUGAAAGGGCAAAUGUUCACAGCACAAGGAGAGCAGGCAUCAAUCAGGGCCUGUUGAUCCCAACUUAUUUCUGCUUUGAAGGGGGGUGGGCCGGGGG